AUGAGAGCCACCCAAAUGUUAGCCAACGCCGCCAAGAAGGGCCCAAAGAAGGUCCCUGUCCCUGUUGAAAUGUACCCAUUGUUCGCUGCCAUAGGUGUUGCUGUUGCUUCCGGUUGUUUCUUCACCUACCGUCACUUUGCUCACGACCAACAGUUGAGAUUGUGGAAGAACCCCGACUUGUCCGUGUUGGACAACGUGUUGAACGAGUCUGAAAAGAGUGAAAAGUAA